GAAUCGUAGAUGAUAAAAUAAAUUCGGUACAAUACAACGUUGAAUUAUUAAAAUUGGUCGUCACUUAAUAUUGAAUUUAAUAAAUUAACUUAUUUAAAUAAAUCUAUUCUAAUCUGAGUUAUUGCUGGGCGAUAAAAUGGUUUGGUUAUAUGAAUAUUUAGAUGAUUCUUUAAAUACUAAAAUUUCCUGUUAUUCGGAAAAUAGUAGUGAUAUCAUUCCUAAUGCUGCAGAAAAUCAACAAAAACAAAUCGAAAAAGAACGAGAAGAAUUUUUUAACUGGCUGAAAACUACUAAACGCCAUAGUAUAUUUCACUUAUCUGGAACCAAGAUAGACUAUUUCAGCUCGACAAAAAUUAAAUUUUCAUUCUUUCCAUGCCAGAUAUUACCUAGAAUUAGCACAACAUAUAUAUUUAGCACAAAAAUAAAAUAUCUGCCGAAAUAUAAGCAGUGGAUUUUAUCCAAGGAGCCCAUUCCAGCAAUGCCCCUAUUUCGAAAAGCUACAAGAAAUAACAUAUUAAUAGAUGAUGAUAUUGAUGAACUGACUUUAGUCAUUAAAAAAGUUUAUAAACAUUUAAUAUAUUGGUCAAAGGAGGAAAUUGAGUUUCGAGACUUAAAAUUCCAAAACUACAAGCAAAAAUUAAUAUGUUAUAUUGAACUAGACGAGGUUGAUUUGGAAUUGAACUUCAGUGACGAUGAAAGGCGAGAAAUGUAUGCGAAGAAGGCAAGUGUUUUGAGGAGAAUGCUUGUUCCGACCUUAAAUGUCACUAAUCAUUUAGGCAGGAUCAAAUAAUUUAUUUAGUUGGUAACAUAUUAUAAAUUUAUUCUCACUAUAAUUAUAAAUGAUCUAUUACCUUUAAGGAAACAAAUAAUAUUAAUUAUAAUUUAUAACUAUAAAUAAUUCUUAUACAGUUGUAAAAUUUUCUAUAAAUGUCAAUUUUCAGCAUGUUAAUUAUCAUAAUUCUUAUAACGUAUAUCAUACGAAAACAAAUAUUAAAGCGAAUUAACACGAAGGUAAAAUGCUAAAGUUAUUUUGAAAAAUUCGUUCUUAAUUUUAUAAAAAAUAUAAAUCUUUAUACAGUUU